AUGCCGAGAACACUGAGAAAUAGCCGUAAAAGGACUAAUCAUCGUAAUGAAAAUACAGCGAGGGUUACUUCCAAUUUAUCACCAAAUGCUCCAGAAUUUAUUCCUAUUGCAAAUGACGAGACUACGGCUAAUCAAAGACCACAUUUAGUAAUUCAGUCAAUGACAUUUUGUGGAAGUUCAAGCGCAUCAAAUAGUAGCGGGAGUAAUAGUAACUCCAGCUAUGAAGUUACUACUACAAAUUCUUCUAUACCAGAAGUGUUAAAUAAUAAGGGCCAGCGAGAUUUGCUUAUUAAUCUUUUGAACGAAUGCAAAGUAGAUUGUGUAAUAUGUUAUGAACGGGCUAAAAAUGUUGAGCAGAUUUGGAAUUGUCGUAAUUGUUAUCAAAUUAUGCAUUUAAAAUGCAUAAUAGUUUGGUUCAUUAAAUCUCAUUGUAAUGCUGUUUGGAGAUGUCCAGCGUGUCAAUGUGAGAUGACUGGAAAGCCGAAAUAUAUAUGUUUUUGUGGUACUUUACCGAAUCCAUAUCAUAACAAUGUUGACACUCCCCAUUCUUGUGGUCAAGUUUGUGGAUUGCAAAGAAAAAAUUCUAAUUUAAACUAUAAUGAUUGUCAUCAUAAGUGUACACUGCUUUGUCAUCCUGGUCCAUGUCCACAAUGUGUUGUACAAGUUUUAAGAUCAUGUGGAUGUGGAAAAAAACGAGUAUAUGCGCAAUGUGGACAGUCAACCCAGAUUGUAUGCAACAAUGUUUGUCUUAAAAAAUUAAACUGCCAAAUCCAUGAAUGUGAAAAAAUUUGCCAUGCUAAUAACUGCGAACCGUGUAAUAAGGGGAUGUCCUCAAAAGUAAAUUUAAAUCCAUCAGAAGAAAUGUUAGUUGCAUCAAAUGCAUCAUUUUCUGAUGCAAUUUUGCAAUAUAAUCUAUUACCACCUGAAUCGGUAGUAACAGAGGAAGAAUUAAGAAUGCUAGGAUUGAAUCCAGAGGAAUUAUUUGAGCAGAGUAAUGUUCAUGAUUCAUAUUAUUCCACUUCUAUUAAUUAUGAUGUUGGUAAUAAUUUGCGUGUUAGUACAUUCUUAUUUGAUAAUACAGAUGAAAGUGAAGUUGAUGAUGAUGAUUAUGAUGAUGUCGAAGAAAAUGAUAUAGAUGAUAUAGAUGAUAUUAUGCAAGAUAUUGAUUUUGGCUACCGUAGUAAUUCAAAUUUUCCUGUGGUUUUCUCAAACCCACUCUCUGGUUACUCUCGUGAAAACGAGUUUGAAAUUGAGUAUCCAUUGACCGAUGAUGAUGAUGAUGAUGGAGAAAAUGUUGAAGAUAAUGAUACUGGAGGAGAAGAAGAAGAUAAUGAUGAAGAUAAUGAUACUGGAGGAGAAGAAGAAGAUAAUGAAGUUUCAACUCCUUGGCCAGAUGGUUCUGGUAUUAGUUCUAGUGAUGAAGAAAGCGAAAAUGUUCACGAUUCUACACCACAUUCUUUUAUAAAUGAUGAGAAUAGUGAUCUAAGUGAUCAAAGUGAUUCAUGGAAUAUGGGUGACAAUGAAAUGAUAGAUGUUAUUGCUGUUACUGGCUCAAGUUAUUCUGAAGAUUCUUCUAAUAGUUCACAAAGCGUUAUCAGUCUGAAUGAUUCAAAUUUGUCUACCAUGUGUUACUGUGGAAAAUCAAAACGGCAAGUACCAUGCACUCCAGAGAAUGCCAUGGUGGUAUAUUACAGCUGUGGAAGUCUGUGCGAAAAACAAUUAUCUUGCAAAAAUCACUUAUGCCAGAAACUGUGUCAUGUUGGUCAAUGUGACCCGUGUAUAGCUUUAUCUGUUAAUAGGUGUCCCUGUGGAAAACGGCCAUUAACAGAAGAUGAACUUAGUAACCGUACAUUAUGCAUACAACCAGUACCCACAUGUGACCAACCAUGUGGAAAACCUCUAGAAUGUGGUCCACCAGAAAGUCCGCAUCUGUGUGGACAAAACUGUCAUGAAGGCCCAUGUGUUCGCUGUGAACUUAAAACCAAAUAUGUAUGUAAAUGCGGUAGUAGAUCCAAGGAAAUAAAAUGCAAUUCUGUAACCAGUGAAUUGACUUGCAAAAAGAAAUGCAACAAGAUGAUGUCUUGUGGAAAGCAUAGAUGUAUGGUAGUAUGUUGUAAUGCACAAGAGCAUGUAUGUACCAGAACUUGUAAUGGACUAUUAAAUUGCCGUCAACAUCGUUGUGAUCGUGUUUGCCAUUCUGGAAGCUGUUCAAUGUGCUAUGAAGCAAGUUUUGAAGAGUUGUAUUGUCGAUGUGGCAAUAGUUUCAUUUCUCCUCCUGUCAGGUGUGGUACUCGUCCACCAUUAUGUACAUUACCUUGUUCACGAGAACACGAAUGUGGUCAUCCAGCUACUCAUAUUUGUCACAAUGAGGAUGAAUGUCCUCCUUGUAUAGCUCUGACUGAAAAAUUGUGUUUUGGUGGCCAUGAACUACGUUUUGCUAUACCAUGUCAUAUAAAGAAUGUAUCAUGCGGAAUGCCUUGUGGCAUUCCACUUGCUUGCAAAAGACACACUUGUACCAAACCAUGUCACGCACCCCCAUGUAAUACUGGUCCAUGUCGGUUACCAUGUAAUUUACCAAAAUCGGAUUGCAGCCAUCCAUGCUCAAAACCUUGUCAUAAUGGUUCAUGUCCGCCAAUAGCAUGCAAAAUAAUGGUGAGUGUUAGCUGUAUUUGUGGGAAUUUGACAGAAGCUAGGAUGUGUUCUGACCCUAAAGUGAUUGAAUAUCGUCUUCAAGUUAAAGCACAGUCAAUGAGCUUCCUAGACAAUAUUGUUGACUCAUCGCCAAUCAUAAAAUCAUAUAAAAUUCUGGAAUGUACAACAGAAUGUGCUAAAUUAGAACGAAAUCGCCGUAUUGCCCUUGCACUUCAAAUCCGUAAUCCAGAUUUAUCUCCUAAUGUCACUCCACGAUAUUCAGAUUUUAUGAAAGAAUUUGCAAAAAAAGAUGCAUCAUUCUGUAAUUAUGUUCAUGAAAAACUUGCUGAAUUGGUCACUAAUGCUAAACAAUCUAAACAAAAUUCUCGAAGUCAUUCAUUUGAAGUAAUGAAGUUUGAAAAGAGGAAAUUGAUUCACGAGUACAGUGAACAUUUUGGAUGCGAAUCAGUAGCUUAUGAUGCUGAACCAAAUAGAAAUGUUGUGGCUACAGCUCUUAAAGAAAAAUCGUGGCUUCCCAAUUAUAGUGUGGUAGAAGUUGUUCAACGUGAAAGUGGAUGUCCACGAGUCAACCCAUUUGCCAGUAUUCAAAAACGAAAUACUAUUAUUCUGAACAAAAAAUUCUAA